CCGAUGGAAGGACCACAGACUCCCUCCGCGAGGCCCGGCGGCGGCAGCGGCGGCAUAGUCACCGAGACUCGCCUGGCGGGGUCCUGGCCCUGCGCCUCGCCCGUGCCGCUGGCCUGCCGCCCGCCCCUCUGCGCCUUCCCGGCGCGCGGCCCCGGCCUCUGCGUGUGGAGCAGCGCGGACCCCGAGGGCCAGCUCCUCGUCCUCAGAGGACACCGUGACCCGGUCACCGCCGUGGCCUUUGGGAACGCAGGGAGCCCGCUGCUGGUCUGCUCGGCGUCGCCAGACUGCGUUGUGACGUGGAGGCUGGACGAGUGCAGAGAGCAAGCCCUGCGAGGGGUGGAUCCGCGCGGCGCUGUCCUGGGCACCCUGCUGGGGAAGGUGCCGUGUGUGCGGUACCGUCCGGACGACCGGGCGGCCGCGGUGUGCGCUGGCAACCAGGUCCUCCUGCUGGACGUCGAGGCCCGGUCCGUGCUGGCCCAGCUGCAGGGGCACCAGGGCCCCGUGACUGCGGUGGAGUUCUGUCCUCGGCAGCCGCACGUCCUGGUCUCCGUGGCGGAGGACAGGUGCUUCAAGGUCUGGGACAGCCGCGCGGGAUGCUUGCUGCACAGCUCGCCGGUGCUCACAGCCGCCCCCCUCCUAAGCCUCUGCGUGGACGAGGAGAGCCAGCAGCUGGUGGCCGGGUGUGCCGAGGGCCAGCUCUGUGUCUGCAGUUUGGCGGAAAGCCACCGUUACCGGUGUGUGACGCGCGUUGACCUGAGGAAGCAGGUGGAGAGCUUCCGCGCCAGGAUGGCCGGGCCCAGGCUGUGCGGCUGGCCAGAGGGCAGUGAGCUUCCCUCCGCAGAUGCACCGGGCCGAGGGGACGCGGUGGACGCGACACUUCCCGUGCUGGGCCUGGCGCCCUGCGACCUGGCGCACCUCCGCGGUCCUGACCGGGGCCUUCUCCCCGCUGUGAAUGCCCGCGGCCUGUGGGUCGGCAGCUCCACGGGCUCUUUCGUGCUGAACUUGGUGAACUUUGAACUGGAGGCCGUGUUGCUCUACGAGGAUUUCAGGCACCUCAGCAUCCAGGUUGCUGGAUCCUGUGCCGUGACGAGCAGCGACGAUAAGGCCUUCUGCUUGCUCACCUCCAUGUUUGGGGGUGAGGCCGCGCUGCUGGAGGUCGACCUGGCCGCUCUCGUGAGGUCUCAGCAGCGCCCCCUCCUGACAACGCCUCUCUCAGUGCUGCCCAGCUCCUGUGUCUCGCCGACCUCCCCUCUGUGCUUCGGGGUCGCUGCGGAGAGACGGGCCAGGCCGGGCGGCCACAAACGCGCUGCUGCCCGGGGCGCCGUGCGGGACCAGCCCCUGGUGUUCCACAGCUCCGUCCGGUCGUCCGGCUACGCGGCCGCCCCGCACGCCGCCGCGUUCUCACCGAAGACCGCCGUCAAGGGCGACCGGGGCAGGUCCUCAGGGCGCAGGAACACACACCAGCGCGAGGAGUACCCUUCAGAGAAGUCCGUGCCGACCACCCUCCGCAAGCAGCUCGCCGUCCCCCAGGGCCCGGCCGCCGUGUGCUGCGUCCAGUUCUCAGGAGACGGGCGGCGGCUGGCCUGUGGCCUGGCCAACCACGUGUUGCUGGUCUUCGGUGUCGAUCUCACCGGGACACCUGCUGUUUUCUCAGGUCACGACGGGGCCGUGAGCACCCUGGACUGGAGCCACGAUGGCCGAUGGCUGCUGUCCGCCUCCCAGGACGGGACGCUGAGGCUGUGGUCGGCACGCAGCAGGGAGGCCGUCCUGUGUCUGGGCCGGGCCGUGUUGGCGCAGCCCGUGCGCGCCGCCCAGUUCUACUACCUCGACGCCUUCCUGCUGCUGUCCGCGGGCCCCGAGCUGCUGCUGCUCAAGUACCGCGUGGACACGCGCAAGGACGAGAUGAACAGGUACAAACAGCGGAGCGGAUGCAGCCCGGUCUUCAGGCUCCCCAUGGCGGGCGCCGCGGAGAUCACCUGCCUGUCCGCCGUCAACGAGUUCUACUCCCACCUGGUGCUGGCCGCCGGCCGGAACAGGGCCGUGGAAGUCUUCGACCUCAACGCCGGCCGCAGUGCUGCCAUGGUCGCGGGAGCCCACACACGGCCCGUGCACCAGAUCUGCCAGAACAAGGGAUCGCCCUUUGCGACCCAGCAGCCGCAGGCGUACAACCUCUUCGCCACGACAGCCGUGGGUGACGGGGUCCGGCUGUGGGACCUGAGGACCCUGAGGUGCGAGCGCCGAUUCGAAGGCCACCCCAGCCGCUGCUACCCGUGUGGCCUGGCCUUCAGCCCGUGUGGGCGGCUCCUGGCCAGCGGGGCCGAGGACCGACACGCGUACGUGUACGAGAUGGGCUCCAGCACCUUCUCCCACCGGCUGUCAGGACACACGGACACCGUCACCACGGUGGCCUUCAGCCCGUCCAUCCCCCAGCUCGCCACGGCCACCCUGGACGGCAAACUUCAGCUGUUCGGAGCCGAGUGACCACUGACCUAGAGCCCGGCCCACCGGCUUGAGGACCUCAGGGCUCGGACGUGCCUGGGGUCGGUCCCCUGAGCCGCCCACUGCAUCUCUGUGCCACACCACACACACCUGAGGCCUGCUCCUCAGAGGGACCCCCGCAGCCACCCUCCUGCACAGAAUUCGGUCAGCUCAGAGCAGAACGUUCUUCAAUAAAAAUAAUCUAGAGUUUGCUGCACAAACUAGACUUUGCAGAGCGAGGCUUCACUUGGGGUGGUGCUGGGCCUGCCUGACGCCCCCAGUUUUGCUCAGUGAACCGGCCUCUGCCCGUGGGCCCCAUCUUUGCGUGCUGCUGCCGGGACCAGCGAGGCCGGGGCCAGCUGCCUCCUCAGACACAGCUGCCUCUGAAGGCCCCAGAAGCAAGGCCUCCCAGGAUCCUGGAAGAGUAGGGAGGCUUCCGGGACGAUUCCGGGUCCCAUGGCCAACAACCUGGGUGCCACCCUGUUAGGGCCUCUGAGGGGAGACCCACCAUCACUUGGGAAACUGGGGUGGGGGCUUCCAUCCCCCAGGGCCCCACUGCCUCAUCGCCCCUGCCUCCCGGGAUGCAGCCUGCAGGCUCUCCACCCCGCCCCCGCCCCGGCCCCCGCCCCCCCCCAAACGUCAGACCCAGAUUCCUGGGCUUCCUGUGGGCACCUUCACACACUGCCCCUGAGUGUGCACCCUUGUCCUCGCAGGGCUUUCCAGUGGCAAAACUUAGAGCAACUCAUUUUCAUUUUUUCUGAGAUUCAGUUACCCAAACAUCUUUAUCCAUUUACGGAACAGUAAUUACAUUGGUAAAUUUAUUUAACACGGUUAAAAUAGGUAAAUAAAGCAGGUUUUAGGGCAAGAAGCCCAUACACUCUUAUUUAACAUUCUUAAUUCCAGUUACAUCAUUUAAUUUUUAUUUUAAAAUGUAAUUCUUGAUCGUGGUGAGACACAUGUAACGUGAUCACCAUCUUAAUCAUUUUCACAUGUGCGGUUCGGUAGCAUUAACUCGGUUCACGUGUUGUGCAACCGCCCCGGCCCCCAGGGAGGCUCGCAUCCCCACCCGACAGCCUGUCCCCACGCCACCCUCACACCCAUCCCCCGCCCUGGCCCCAGGCGGCCGCCUGGCUGUGCUGCCCGCGGACAGCCUGUGAGUGGGUGGCUCACACAGCGUCCGCGCUGCGG